AGAACCUCAUAUAUAUAUAUAUAUAUUAAUAAAAGGAUAAUAAUAAUCUAAUAGUCAUGCUGGAUAUUACUUUUAAAAUCUCAACCAUUACUCACUUAAAUCAGUUGAGGAUGAAUCAUUUGUACUCGGGAAGGAGGGACACCUUGUGUUUGGAGUAUAUCUCACACUAGUGGCCAGAAAAGCAGCCAAGAAAGAACGACGAGAAGUCUCUCUUGACACGAGGAGAGUGCAACUCAACCUACUGAAAUGUUUUCCUAGUUUUUAGGAAUCUUAAACAACUUUUAUGGUCAUCCUUGGAAGAGCACAUGACAGGAGAUCUAGAGGUACUACUGAAAGAGCCGAAGACUGACUUUCUUUGGAAAUUUAAUGCAACUCUACCACGAACCUUGAAAAAGCAUCAAACAUACAUAAACACAAUAGCUUUUUUCGGUUUGCUACCAUGGAGCUGAAAUGGGCUCUUCUUUUGGGUCUCUUUCUACCGUCAUGCAGUGGAUGUGCCAUUGGAUAUACAUUUCAUAAAAGGAAAUGUGUUGAUGAGGAUGAGUGUGUUAUCUUCCCGGUCGCGUGCGGCGAUCACGCUCAGUGUGUGAAUACAGAGGGAAGUUACUACUGCAGCUGUCAUGAAGGAUUCAAAAUGAGCUUAACAGGAUUGUGUAUAGACAUCGAUGAGUGUUCAGAUCCAGAUGUUUGCGGCACAAACGGCGACUGCUACAAUCAUCAGGGCGGAUACAGCUGCAGAUGCAACCAGGGUUACAGUAACUAUGGCAACAACCAGUCAAAAUGUAUCGAAAUGGACUGCGAUCAGUUUGGACCCUUGUCUGUAGACCACACACCAGAGAAGUUGAAGCAUUUGAUGUCACUGUUGAAGAAGAGCUGUGAGUCUCUGAAUGAUCCACGUGGAGAACAUUUCACUGGAGAGGAGCUUCUGCGGAACGUGUUCAAUUCCACUGACGAGCUGCUGUCUGAAGGAAACAUCGCUGACGGUGAGACGCUGAAUCAGUUUCUGGACGUGGUGGAGAACAGCAUGCGUCUGAUUGGACCUCAGCUGAAAGAGCCUCUGACCAGGAUGGAGACACACAACACCUUUGCUGAGGUUGCAGUCAUGCGGGGUCAGACUCCGCCCAGUGGGCGUGUCACUCUGCGCACAGACUCCGCCCUCUUCAGCACCAGCUGGGAAACAGUUGUAGGGGAAUCAUAUCCAGGUUUUGUGUUUGCGGCUCUGGUCAGUUAUAAAGAUCUGAACUCAUUCAGAGAUCUGCUGCACAAGAUGAGCAGAGAGAGACCAGACGAUGAAGAGAGAAGCGUCACUUAUCAACUCAACUCUAAAGUGGUGACGGCCGUCGUCAGUAAUGCAGAAACCAAGCAGCUGUCAGAGCCGGUGACGCUCGUCUUUACACACGAGGAGGAGAGGGCGGAGUCUGAGGGCGUGUCUUACUCCUGUGUGUACUGGGAUGAGGCAGAGGGGGCGUGGUCUGGGCGUGGCUGUGAGGGGGCGUGGUCUAACAGCACUCAUACAGUGUGUUACUGGUCUCAUUUCAGCACUUUCGCUGUGCUCAUGGCUCUCUAUCCUGUCCAGGACUCAUUUGAUUUGGUGUUGAUCACUCGUGUGGGUUUAGCUCUGUCUCUGGUCUGUUUGUUUCUCUGCAUCCUGACGUUCAAGUUCUGCCGCUCCAUCCAAGGAACCCGAACCAGCAUUCAUCUCCAUCUGAGCAUCUCUCUCUUCAUCGCAGACCUCGUCUUCCUCUGUGGGAUCUCCAGCACUCACAAUCAGGUUGCGUGUGGGAUUGUGGCCGGUCUGCUUCAUUUCUUCUUCUUGUCUGCGUUCUGCUGGAUGCUGCUGGAGGGGGUUCAGCUCUACCGGAUGGUGGUGAUGGUGUUUCACACCACAUUAAAACAUCUCUACAUGUAUCUGGUGGGAUACGGAGUCCCUCUCGUCAUCGUCAUCAUCUCUGCCAUCGCCUUCCCAGCGGGAUACGGCACCAAACGACACUGCUGGCUGUCUCUCGAUCGUUAUUUUAUCUUGAGCUUCUUCGCGCCCGUCUGCAUCGUUGUGAUCCUCAAUGGUUUUGUCUUCAUCAUCACUGUGUGGAAACUGGCCAGAAAGUUCUCCAGCCUCAGUCCAGACCUCUCCAGUCUCAAGCAGAUCAGGAGCUUUACGGUGACCGCUGUGGCUCAGUUGUGUAUUCUUGGAGGAACGUGGAUCUUCGGCUUCUUCCUCUUCCAGGAGAAAGGGACUGAAGUCAUGUUGUACCUCUUCAUCAUCCUCAGCAGCCUGCAGGGGGCGCUCAUCUUCAUCAUGCACUGCCUUCUAUCCAGACCGGUCAGGACAGAGUAUUACAAUCUGUUUGUCCGAAUGUGUCCACACAAGAAGAAAGCUGAAUACAGUACCAGUCCCAGCCAGACCAGCAGCAGUCAGAAACCUCUACGGAGCGACGGCAGCACAGCAGAGUCACAGAUAUAAAGCGCUUGUCAUGUGCUGAUGGAUUUUGUACAAACUCUUCAACACAAGACGCAUAAAGACUUUCUGUGACAAAUGAAGAUAAAGCUUUAAUUCGACAGUACACGUUCACAGGGGUUCACCGUCAUCUGAUGAGUACUGCUGGUUCAUCACUUGUGAUAUGCAUCAUGUGUUACUGGAGAUGGAGAUAUUGUAAUGCAUCCCAUAGAGACAGAUAUAAGUCAUCAUGCCAUUCUUUGAAUAGAGUAUUUAGGUUGCUUCUGUCUUCUGCUUUUUUUAUUUGUUGUGUAAAUGGAAAGUAUUACUUUUUAAAAGGAAACAUUGUUUUAUAAUGCUAAAUGUUGUAUCGUGUUGAGCUUAGUUUAAUUGUGUUGAUUAAUUAAGUAAUUCUUUAGAAGCAAUGCUAUAACCAUGUCUGAAAUACAUCCUGAUUUCUAGCUCACUGGUAUUCUCUCUCAUUUCUUCCUCCAUUAUAAAGCAAUGUAAUGACUGAAGCAACCAAAAGUUAUACUGUCUGUGACAUGUCUGUUUAUAUUAUAUUACAUUGUCAAAGAUUUCUUUUUAUAUGCAAUUUUCUAUAUGCAAACUUA